GUUUUUCCAACAGAUAAAAUACUGGCGGUCCAAAUAAAUUGAGAAAGUUUCUCGAUUACAAUUAGGGCAAAAUCAUAUUCAGUUUGAUCAACCCCAAAUUCGAAGCGCUCUCUCUACGGUGACAGCUCCGGCGACCGGCCAGUAGCCAAAUUCAGGUGUUCAGGCACCAGACCGCGGCUAGGAGCGUCAGAGUUACUCCAGUUUUGUCAAGCCAGCCUAUGUGCCUCACUGCAAGAUGGAGCAAGAAGUCAUUGAAGCAGAUAUAGUGUUGCCCACUCAUCUUAGUUUCAAAAAGGUUCAGAUGUAUGAGAAGUACCCGAAGGGACAAGCGAGGGGAAGGCACUGGAAACAUCUCAAGCAGAUCAUCCAAGCUGAAAAUUACCAGAACUAUCCCCCUGAUGAAUCCAAUUAUGUUAAUAUAGAAUCACCACCCUCUAUGCAUCCAUGCAAAAGAAUUUGUGACAUAACAGGAUAUGAGGCACCUUACUAUGAUCCAAGGACUAACCUCCGCUAUGCAAAUGCUGAUGUGUUCAAGCUCAUAAGAUCACUUCCUAAUGAGUAUGUUCAGAGGUAUCUGUCUCUGAGAAAUGCGGCAGUCGUUCUGAAGUAACUUCCAAUGGUGUCAAUGAAGCCAUGGAUGGGCAGUGCAUUUUUCUGUAAAUUAAUUAUUAUGAAAAUUUGAAGUAGGUCUUACAUGGAGUUUGUUUUUGUUUCUUUAUGGGCCACUUGGUGUAAUGUGUGUUAAUGAGAGAAAUUUUAGAGCAUUAUUGACAGAUGUGGUGCCUAAUGAGUAAUUGUGCUGGUUAGUGAGAUGAUAUGGUGUCGGAUUUGUUAGUUUGCUUUCGGGUCAAAUGGUCUCAUUGUAAAAGGCUGUUUUGUUAGCAGGUCAUGCUUGAUUUGUGAAUGGAUUGAUAUGAUACCAUGCCUCUAGAAGACUCA